AUGAUGGAUUUACCGAGAAAGCGAGCCCCCAAGAGGAAGGACGACCGAAUUAUUCUCCACUUCGACUACGACUGCUUUUACGCCUCAGUAUACGAGAACCGGGAUCCGAGGCUCAAGGCACUGCCCCUGGGCGUGAAGCAGAAAAACAUAUUAGCGACCUGCAAUUAUGUAGCACGCCGGCGGGGCGUCAAGAAACUCAUGCUUAUCUUCGAGGCCAAGAAGAUAUGCCCUGAUCUUGUCGUUAUCGAGGGCGAGGACCUGACACCCUUUCGGGACAUGAGCAAGACGCUCUUUGGGUUCUUGAGGAGGUACUCUUGGAAUGAUAAGGUUGAGAGGCUGGGAUUUGACGAGGUCUUUAUGGGUGUGUAUGUCACGGAUAUCAUCAACUACAAUAUGUUCUGCCUCAACAAGGCGUCUCUGUCUGAGUCGUUUAUCCACCUUUCGAAGUUGGAUCCUGAGAAGGGGUUCACCUGCGACAUGGCACACGUUGCAGGAUGUGCCUACGGGCCACGCGCCAGUCAAGCAGGUGUUGACGAUCCCAAUUACGUGCGAUUACUUCUUGGGAGUCAUUUGGCUUUUCAUCUGCGGAUGAAGCUGGAGGAGGAAUUCGGUUUUACGGCUUCCGUGGGGGUCUCGACCAACAAGCUCCUGAGCAAGCUCGUUGGUGGCGUGAAUAAACCACGAAACCAGACCACACUUAUGUCACUCACCGAUUCUGUAGUUGAAGAAUUUAUGGAUGCGCACUCGAUCAGAAAAGUUCCCGGAAUCGGGUUCAAAAUGUCGCGUAUGCUUGAAUCUCGGUAUCUUGCGGUACAACCGGGACCGGACGACGCGGACAGAGAGACCUCCCCUCUGAAAGUUCGCGAUGUGCGAGUUCAUGCUGAUACCGCACCCGAACUCUUGGAAAAGCUGCUUGGUGGCCCGGGAGCCGAGCGCGGCGUUGGAGAUCGAGUAUGGGGUCUCCUGCACGGCGUCGACGAUACCGAUGUCAAGGAUGCGAGUGAUAUACCCUCACAAAUUAGCAUCGAAGACACAUUUAAGGGAUUAGAGACAAUUUCUCAAAUUGAGAACGAACUGAGAAAGAUUGCCGCAUCCUUGGUUAGACGCAUUAGGACAGAUCUUUUGACAGACGACGGCACGUCAGAUCAGGGAGGCAAGAGAUGGGUUGCACAUCCUAAGACGCUUCGACUUUCUAUACGAUCAUGGCCUGCUGAAUCUACUCCGAACUUUCAACGUAUCUCCCGAUCUCAGCCUCUGCCUAACUUCAUCUUCAGCCUCAAAGACACCCCUGAGUUCAUUGCAGAACGGCUCACAACGGAAAUACUUCUCCCUACAGUCAAGAAAUUUCAUCCUGCCAACCAUAAGUGGAAUUUGCAGCUCAUGAAUGUUUGCGUCGCCAAUAUGGUUGCCAGCGGCAGCGAGGCAGGCCCUGGUGUUGGUCGAGACAUAUCUGUCAUGUUCAAGCGGCAGGACGACGUGCUUCGGCAGUGGAAGGCCGACACUGCAAUAUUAGAAGAUGACCAAUCAAUCUCCGAUGAAUCCAUGGAAGGAGCGGAGUUGAUGGAUUUUGAGGCUGGUGAUUCUUGGGAGGAUGGCCAAGAGACAGUGCGGUGUCCGCUUUGCGGACAUUGUAUCCCUCCUUUUGCUUUGGCCGCCCAUGCUCGUUACCACGACCUGGGGGAAUGA